AUGACUGAUGUUGAGGGUGCUUCCCACAAGGAGCAGAUACUCGAGGCAUGCCGUAGAGACAAUGUCGAACUCUUCAACGAAGUCCUGGCCGACAUGAAGGAGAAGAGCAAAGAGCAGAUAGCAGAGUUUUUCAACACGGUCACCGACACUAUGGGAAACCAUUUACUCCAUGUCUGCGCAAAUUACGGGGCUUAUGAUGUUAUGGACGAGUUACUUAACGUCGAAUUUCUUGAAUGCGACCCCAUCACCAGGAGAGACAAAGAGACGCCGAUACACUCAGCCGUCAAAUAUGCAAAUGAACGCGAAGUCGAGUUGGGUGAGGCAAUGGCCAAGAUGCUCAUUGAAGCUGGGGGCGAUCCCAGAGUAAAAGAUGGUCAUGGCAGGAAGCCUGCAGAGAUAUGCACACCGAGGACCGAAGAGCUUCGAGGAAUUCUAAUCAAGGAGGAAUAUGUGCUCAAUGAGGGUUUGAAAAAUGCCGAUUCUCACCAAGACGACGAUGAUGAUGGCGCAGGCUCUGCCUCGGACUCGGAAUGA